AGCUCCACGAGGAUUAUCAAUCGGCCAUCUGUCGCACAAAGAGCGAGUCACUCUCGCAACCUCAUCUAUGAGCCUCUCGUAUUGAAUAUCGCGUUGAAUAUGGCUCCGCCUUUGAACUUGCUAAUCCGCGCUCUCGUGGCCUUCGAGGAUGUGAUUAUCCGCCAAAUCCUUAGAAGUCCUGGCUUCCACCGCGGCGUCGGUCGAAUCCACCGAUACGUCGACGAGAAGCGGAAUGGGCCUAUGCCGCAUGAGCCGCUGCGCCAAGGACAGGCGACUGCGAAUCCUGAAGACCGAGGCUUUUUGCAAUAUUUUAUCGAGGAGCUGAAAAAUCAGUUCCGGGGAACGACGAAUCCGCCCCCGCCGGGACCGCCGAAGCGAUGA